AUGAAUCCGACAACUUUUGCAUCCAAUCUCAAUCCGGACUUAGAUUUAAAAUAUAAUCUUUAUGGAUGGGGAUAUUUUCGAUGUAGUGGAAUUUUAAGUAAACCUUUGUUUUCAUAUAUUGUUCUAUGUAUUUGUACAUUUAUUCAAAAUUUUUCUGUAAAUGGUGCUAACAAUGCUGUUAUUUCAACUGUUGAACGUGUUUUUUAUUUAAAUAGUGUGCAAUCAGGUCUUUUCUUGGCCUUAUAUGAUUUAGCCACAGUUUUGUCGGCACCAUUGGUCGGUUAUUUAGGUAGUUUAUAUUCAUCACCAAUAUUUUUUUCAUUAAAUAUGAUUAUUGUUUCUAUUGGAAAUAUAUUAAUUGCAUCAAGUAAUUUCAUAAAUCGAAAUAAUAAAUUAAAUUUCAAUUUGGACUUUACACAAAAUUUAUUAGCCUCUGAAAAUGUUCUUUUUCAAUGUGAUAAUGAUCCAUUAGUUUAUCAAGAAAAUAUAACUGAUUCAAUAUGUUUAAAAGAUGAGCGUUUAUCGAGUACAUCAACCAAUGCAAAGUUUCUUUUAUAUUCAGGCAAUUUUAUUAAUGGCAUUGGAAGUGUUGCCUUAUUUACCAUUGGUGUUGCUUAUAUUGAACGAAUAUUUCCACGUGAAAAAGCAGCUUAUUGUCAAGGAAUUUAUUUUGCUGUUGGUACCGUUGGUGGUGCACUUGGUAUUGUUGUUACUGGAAGAUUUUUAUUAUUUUAUACCAAACUUACACCUAGACGAAAUCUUCCAUCUUGGUUAACACCUAGUCAUCCACUUUGGAUUGGAUGUUGGUGGUUACCUUAUUUUAUUUAUGGUUCAUUAUGUUUUCUUAUCGGACUUUUUGUAUCUGGUCUACCAAAUUAUGAAAUACCUGGCAAAAAACAUUCGAUUGAUAGAAAUAAUAUAAUAAUGCCAACUGUGUCUGCUCAACAACAAUAUAAUCAUGCUUCAAUUAAUCGAGAAAAUACUCCAACAGUUAAUACAAUGACUACAACAUGUCCAUCAGCACCUGCAACAGAUCAUAUUUUAUCUGAAUCAUUCCCUGAUUUGAAAAAUCAAAACCGACCUCAAUUGAUGUCGUCAGUAGCAGAAAAUAAUACUGAAAAUGGUAUUAUUAAUCAUGCAUUUUCAACUGAUACAUUCUAUAAUCAAUUAUCAACUAAGAAUUCAGUACCAUUACCGGCAACUUCUUCACAAAAUUCACUUGCUCAACAACAAACAAACAAUGAAAAUUUGAGAAAUAUGUGUUUUGUCAUUUGUAAACUUAUGAAAAAUAUGCGAUAUGUUUUUAUUGUGAUUGCUAAUCUAUUCGAAGGCAUUCUGUUGAAAGGUCUAUUUUAUUGUUUUUUAAUAUUAUUUAUCAAAGUUAAAACGAUCGUAAAUUUUUUUUUAGGUUUUGUACCAUUUGUUAGUAAAUAUUUUGAGUAUCAACAUCAAUUAGAUACAUCAACAGCUACAUUAAUAACUGGUGCCAUUGCAUUACUUUCAGUUAUUAUCGGUUGUCCAAUAGGUGCCUACUGUAUGAAUAAAUAUUCUUGGACACCAAUGCAAUGUGCACGUAUUUGUAAAAUAAUAUUAACAAUUUCAUCAUUUCUCUUUUUAUUUCUUAUUUUUUCUUGUCCUGAACUUAAAUUUCAAUAUACAUCAUGUUCUUCUAGCAAUACACUAUGUUGUCAACAUAUUUAUCAUCCAGUAUGUGAUAUAAAUGAUUCUCAUAGAAUGUAUUUAUCACCAUGCCAUUUUGGUUGUGCUAAUCAAACAAUCAUAAAAAGUAAUAAUACUUUUCUAUAUUCAUCAUGUAAUUGUGCAGCAGAUACAAUAGUUAGUGAAACAGUUUGUCGAUUUCGACGAAUACCUUGUAUAAUAAUGUUUGCUUUGACAAUGAUCGGUGCUACAUUGGUAGUGUUUUUCACAGCAUUUAUUCAAGUUCCAAUGUUACAAGUACUUCUAUAUAGUGUUCCAUUAUCUUAUCAAAAUAUGGCCCUUGCUCUUCGACAAACUAUUGUUCGAGUAUUAGGACAAACAACUGGUCCACUAUUAUUUGGUUAUGUUUUUGAUCAGUCAUGUUUAGUAUGGCUUAAAGAUUGUUAUGCUCGACAAACAUGUAAAGUAUAUAAUAAUCGUCGAAUGAGUUUAUCAAUGGCUUUAUCAGGUUUUACUAUUCGAUUAAUCUCUGGUAUUGCUUGUGCUGUUGUUUAUUUCAAUUGGCGAUUUAGACAUUCUAAUCAAAAUGAUAUUUCUUCGAAUACUCUACCUAUAGCAAUCAAUCAUCCAAUAGAUAACAAUGAAGAUCAUGAAAUAACUCGCUUGUAA